GAAGCUUAUUCCCAUAUCGCAAUUGAUUGGAUAAAAAUUUCUUUUUACUCUACAUUAUCAUGGCAUCCUCCACCGGACAGCUCAAGCGCAAGCGCUCUCGGGUAGCGUGCGAGCCCUGUCGAGAACGAAAGAGAAAAUGCAAUGGAGGAAACCCUUGUCUGACAUGCACUGAAUGGGGAUAUGACUGCUUCUACAAAAACCACCAUCGCGCAGAAGCCCAGUCGUCUUUAAUUCCAGCUCCACCUGAAGAUCUGCAGGAUGCUUCUGUUGCCGAAAGAUCAAUACCGGACACCGUACGGUCUGAGGAUCAAGACGUCGCGCAACGUUUGGAAGCAAAUUCCGGAGCUGCUUUUGUGAGAAAGCUGGGCCUCAAAGUCGAUCCGGAACAUGCACCCAAAUUGAACCUUUUUGGAUGGAACAUCGGCGCGCGUCAAGGACUUUUAGGCGCCGAAUCUGCCUCUGCUCUGCCUAGUCUCAAUGUUAUUCCUCUAGCAGACAUGCGGGAAUUGGCAUGUGUCUACUUCGCAAAGGUCGACCCAUGUUACGGUUUCAUUGAUUCCCGUGUUUUCUAUGAGCGCUUGGAUGCGCGUUGGCGUUCGCCUCUGACAAGCAGCUCAUAUGAUAGUGUGCUGGCUGGAGUUGCUGCGCUUGGAUCACUUUUCUCUACCAGGAAUCUCGGCAUUACAGAACACCAUCUGGUGAAGACAGCUCAGGUGCAAUUAGAAACGGAGCUUUUGAUCAAAGCUCCUUGUCUGGACACACUUACCGGCUGGACGCUUCGAGUAAUCUACAUGAGAAUGACGGCAUCUCCAUAUCCUGCAUGGAUCGCAAGUUGUACUUUGAUGCAUUUGAUUGAAGCUGCAGGUUUCCACCUCAAACCAUCUAGCGACACAGUCCUUUCUUGUGGCGUACAGUGCGAUCCCCAGAUUCGAGGGAGACUAAUUGGGGUAGCACAGCACCUCAACAUGUGGAUUUCUUACGAUCUCGGCCUCUCAAUGGUUCCACUACACAACGAGAACCCAUUGACUUUAUCUCCUAGAGAGGGCGACUAUACGACCGAGCUUCUUAAUCUCUUGCCAGUUUCAUCCAGCCUGGCACCAGACAAGACUCGAAAUGACACUGAUCUGCAAUCACUUCUUUUACAGAUCUUGAAUGGAGCACACAGUCAGCCGCCAUCUGUUCUCGCCCAAUGCAACCUUGUCCUAUGUCUACUUCGCCGACUGCGAGCCUUGAAUUCCAACCUUUCCUCUCUUCUUCUCGAGAAAGUCCUUGCGUUAUUCAAACAGGGCCUCUGUGCCGCGCGCACCAUGGCAAUGAGCUGCAAUCCCUGGCACCACGUAGCCAACGUACCUUUUCACAUCAUCAGCAUUCUCCUCGAGAUGGACAGCCGUGUCUCAUUUGCUUUACUCCCAGAAGCAAUGCAGACAUUGCGACAGGUCGCCAACACGUACAACACUGCAACUAUGCGCGAGGCUCACAAUACCGCCUGCCUGCUAAUCUUUCUCUAUCAACGACGCAGGUCCGAAGAUCCUUCAGAGCUCAGACCGUCCCCACGACAAAUGACACCAAGCUCUGAAGGAGUUUCCUGGCUGGAAGGUUUGGUUUCCGAGCUUCCCAACUUGCAGGGGUUUGACUUCACGCAAUUCUUGCAAGACAUGAAUGAUUUGUCUCAGGAUGUAGACGUGGUCGACGGGAUUAAUUUUAUCCCAUUAAUAGUCAGCGCUCCCAUGCGCGUCAUGUCCGGCCCGGUGCUGGCAGUAGCCGUCUCUCGCGCCGGCGGAUUGGGAUUUAUUGGCCCGGGGGUCAAAACUCAGGACAUGUUCAAAGACCUCGAGGAGGCAUCAGCGCUGGUCAAAAAUCCAAAAUGGACAGCACGACCACCACCCGUAAAUUCGACGCUUCCUGUCGGAAUAGCAGUAUCUGCCAUACGGCAAUUCAAGCCCUGCGCUGCGUGGCUGUACGCGCCGAGAGAAGGGCAAAAGGAGUAUGAUCUCUGGUCGACGAAGAUUCGCAAAGCGUCGCCUCAUACGCAGAUAUGGAUCCAGAUAGGUACUCUGGCAGAGGCAGUGCAACUCGUCCGAGAAGGUCCCGCUGAGCAAAGACCUGAUAUCAUUGUCGUGCAGGGCGCAGAGGCUGGCGGGCAUGGUCGGGCUAAAGACGGAAUGGGUCUCAUGACUCUCUUCCCGGAGGUGGCGGAUGCCUUGGCACACAGCGAGAUACCGCUCUUCGCUGCUGGAGGUAUUACUGAUGGACGAGGAGCAGCGGCUGCGUUGUGUCUCGGUGCUUCGGGCAUAGUCAUGGGUACGCGGUUCCUGGCUUCGACGGAGGCACGGAUAAGCCGGGGGUAUCAAAAUGAGAUUAUACGGGCUAGUGAUGCGGCUACGUCAACCACGAAGACCUUGCUGUACAAUCAUCUGAGGGGAACGAUGGGGUGGCCAGAAGAGUAUAGUCCCCGAACGAUUAUUAACAGAUCAUUCAUUGAGCACCAAAAGGGGUCUCCAUUUGAAGAGUUGAAGAAGCUUCACGAUGAAUCGCUCAAGGCUGGUGAUAGUGGCUGGGGGCCAGAGGGCCGGCUGGCAACCUAUGCUGGAGCUGGCAUUGGAUUGAUUCACGAGGUCAAGGAUGCUGCAGCGAUUGUUCGGGAGACUCAAGAGGGAGUGCGAGAGAGACUGAGCUCCGGGAAUAAAUAUAAACUAUAA